GCUGGGCUGGUAGCCGAGGUGCACUGCCGCUGUCCACUCGGAGGAGACGAUCACGUCUGCACAAGUGCUCCGGAGCUGAUAUUUGACCCGGCUUUUUCCGUCCCUCCCCGGGGGACUAAAAGCAACCUCCCUCCUCCUUCUUCUCCUCCUCUCGCUCUGUCACUGCUCCACACCUCUUUUUUCUUUCCUCCCUGUGGGAAUCUCUCCUCUGCUCUUUGUGAAACAACAUACACACGUGCAACAUCGCUCCUGCUCUUGUUGCUGCAGCGACCAAAGUACAGCAUCCACAUCCGGAUUUCACCCCAUGGAUCGCUUCCUCGGCUUCGUGAAGCAGAUCCGCAGGUCCCGGAGACGCAAGGGCAAAAAGUACCGACCAGAGGAGGAUUAUCACGAGGGCUACGAGGAUGUGUACUACUAUGCUUCUGAGCACAUGCACAAUGAGGGUCCCUACACCAAACACUCCAACCCUUCCAGACCUCCAGAUGGAGCGCUGGCCAUCAGAAGACAAAGUAUUCCAGAUGAGUUUAAGGGCUCUAGCAUGGUGGAGCUGAUGAAGAAGGAGGGAACCACCCUGGGACUGACCGUUUCGGGAGGCAUCGACAAGGACGGCAAGCCACGCGUUUCCAACCUUCGGCAGGGCGGCAUCGCGGCCAGGAGUGACCAGUUGAACGUCGGAGAUUACAUCAAGUCUGUGAACGGCAUCAACCUGACCAAGUUCCGUCACGAUGAGAUUAUUAGUCUGCUGAAGAAUGUGGGCGAGAGGGUUGUGUUGGAGGUGGAAUAUGAACUGCCACCUGUUUCCGUUCAAGGUUCAGGUGUAAUGUUCAAAAAUGUCGAGGUGACUCUUCACAAAGAGGGAAACACAUUUGGAUUUGUCAUCAGAGGGGGCGCCCAUGAAGACAGGAACAAAUCUCGCCCCGUUACCAUAACAACGAUCAGACCUGGUGGCCCCGCUGACAGAGAAGGCACCAUCAAACCAGGAGACCGUCUGCUGAGCAUCGACGGCAUCCGUCUGCAUGGUACAUCCCACGCAGAGGCAAUGAGCAUCCUCAAGCAGUGCGGCCAGGAAGCAACACUCCUCAUCGAGUAUGACGUCUCUAUCAUGGACUCCAUAGCCAGUGCUUCUGGUCCUCUGCUGGUAGAAGUAGCCAAGCCACUGGGCUCCAGCCUGGGAGUGGCUCUCUCCACCUCCAUGUACUGCAACAAGCAGGUCAUCAUCAUUGACAAGGUUAAGCCAGCCAGCAUCGCUGACAGGUGUGGUGCACUGCAUGCCGGUGAUCAUAUCCUAUCAGUAGAUGGCACAAGCAUGGAGUACUGCACACUGGCUGAAGCCACCCAACUUUUAGCCAGCGCUUGUGAGCAUGUCAAAAUGGAGAUCCUUCCCCAUCAUCAGACUAGACUGGCCCUUAAAGCUUCAGAUCAAGUCAAGGUGCAGAGGAGCAACCGGCCACUGCCCUGGGAGUCCGGCACAAACAACAACAGCAACUUCCUUCCUUAUCAGCACUAUAAUACCUACCACCCUGACCAGUCCCGCAGCCAGACCAAGCAGAAAUCUUCUCCAAACAACCCUCCUCUGGGCUCAUCAUUUUCCCCCACCUCCAUGAGUGCCUAUAGCUUGAGCUCCCUCAACAUGAGCACAUUGCCUCGCAACAUGUACCCCACAAGCCCCCGCAGCACACUGAUGAGGCGCAAACUGAAGAAGAAGGACUACAAGAGCUCAUUGUCUCUGGCCUCCAGCACUGUGGGCUUGGCUGGGCAGGUGGUCCACACAGAGACAACUGAAGUGACCCUGGUCAGUGACUCCAUCAUGGGAUUUGGAAUUCAGCUCCAGGGAGGAGUGUUUGCCACUGAAACACUCACUUCUCCUCCACUCAUUGCUUACAUCGACCAUGACAGCCCAGCUGAGAGGUGUGGAGUCUUGCAGAUCGGUGACCGACUCCUGUCCAUCAAUGGGAUACCCACAGAGGACAGCACACUGGAAGAGACCAACCAGCUGCUGCGUGACUCCAGCAUUACCAGCAAAGUUACCCUGGAGAUUGAGUUUGACGUGGCAGAGUCUGUUAUCCCGAGCAGUGGCACCUUCCAUGUCAAGCUGCCGAAGAAGCCAGGAGUGGAGCUGGGCAUCACUAUCAGUUCCCCAUCAAACAGGAAGCCAGGUGAUUCUCUCAUUAUCUCCGAUAUCAAGAAGGGCAGCGUGGCACACAGGACAGGGACUCUGGAGCUGGGGGACAAGCUUUUGGCCAUCGACAACAUCCGCCUGGACAAUUGCUCCAUGGAGGAUGCUGUCCAGAUCCUGCAGCAGUGUGAGGAACUGGUCAAGCUCAAAAUUCGUAAAGACGAGGACAACUCAGGUGUCCUGCGUCUAGGCCGUGUUGAUAUGGACGCCCGUGUGCUGUUGGCCUGUGUUGCAGACGAGCAGGAGAGCUCUGGUGCCAUCAUCUACACUGUGGAGCUGAAGCGUUACGGGGGCCCGCUGGGCAUCACCAUCUCAGGCACCGAAGAGCCCUUUGACCCCAUAAUCAUCUCUAGCCUCACCAAGGGUGGCCUGGCUGAGAGGACCGGGGCGAUCCAUGUUGGGGAUCGUAUCCUGGCUAUUAACAGUAACAGCCUGAAGGGAAAACCACUGAGUGAAGCUAUCCACCUACUUCAGAUGGCUGGAGAGUCUGUUACUCUGAAGAUCAAGAAACAGGGAGAAUUGGCAAGUCCUAAGCAGCCAUCAGUGACCGGUCGUCUAGGUGAACUUAGUGAUGUGGAGGAUGAGAACCAGCAGAAGCCGGGGAAGCUGUCAGAUAUCUACUCCACCACCAUCCCCAGUGUGGACAGCGCCGUCGAGUCCUGGGACGGCUCAGCUAUCGAUGCCUCCUUCAGCCCUCAGGCCCCAACAGGCUUUCAAGCAUCGGGCUACAGUUUCCACAGCCACGAGUGGAGGAAUGCCAAAGUAAGUCGUGGGAGUGUAUCUCCAGGCAGCAGUCAUCAGAAGAGCAACAUCCUGCAGGACCUGGGCCUCAGUGAUGAUGAAUGGGAUAAACCCACUGCUAGCGGGUUUACCGUGGGUCACGAUGGCACAGAGCCGGAUCAGGAAGAGAACUUUUGGUCUCAGGCGCUGGAGGACCUGGAGACGUGCGGCCAGUCUGGGAUCCUCCGCGAACUUGAGGACAAGCCAAACAGGCUUCUGACUAAGAGAAACCUGGCCGUCUUGGUACCCCCUUUCCUUUUUUUGGGCUUCCUCUCUGCUUGUAGCACUGGCACACUGGCAUCCUGGAGCUCUCCCUGUGCUGUGUGGCUCAGAGUCUCACGCUUGCUUAAGGCUGGGGGGAGGGAGGGGAGGGUCCAUAACACACAACCAUUACAAACCAUUAACAGAACCCGGGGGUGCAUUCAAAAAACAUAAACUGCUAAGGAACGAUGUUUCAUACAAGUCAAACUGACAGAUAGUCUUCUACCUACAAGUAGAUUACACUGUUUUUGUACAGUCAGCCACUUAGUGAUAUUAAAUUAGAUCAUUCACUUUGGCCUUGCAAUACAUUGGCUCAACAUUAUAUGAUUAAUUCUGACUAGAUUAGAGAUGCAUUUCACUUAUUAUAUAGUUGCAUGUGUUUUGAAGCUAUUUUUGUUUUUUAGCUUGUAACAAAAAGGGAAGGCUGAUAUAUAUUUUUUUUAUAUAUAUUGUAGCUACAUACUGCAAUGCUUCAUAGAAACUCACUAAAGGAGUUCUUAGAACACACUGAAUGUACCCUUAGUCACAAAUCUGACUUGAUUAAUUGUAUUCCUUUGGUUAGUUUUGCUAUUGUGUAUCACUGUAUUAUGAAAGUAAGAGCAACAAAACAACAAAAAAAAGCUUACAAGAAAAAAAAAACACCAUGUCAUCUGGAGUGAACAAAUUCUGUUUUUGUGAAAUGCAUGACUAGUUGUUUGUUGACUGUUUUUUCUGAAAGAAAGAAAAAAAAUGCAUCACCUUGGUAAGAUGGAGAGCUCAGUCUUAGGCUGACAUCCAUCAUUAACCAGGACUCUCCUUUCAGUACAGUUUGGGUGACGAUCACUCAGAACUGUCCGAUGAUGCAGGUCUGGAGAAAUGGGCAUGUGGGCUCGUGCAAAGCAUGAUGGGAGAGCCCUGCAAGGCUUUUUAUUUUUAUUUUUGACUUUCAGUCUUGUUUAACCAUACAUCCUUUAACCAGGUUUUGUCAAAUGCCACCACCAAACAUUGUGAUGCCCCAAAAUCAAUCUAAAUUGUAAAUUGUGUGUGUGAUUAGUUAAUGCCAUGGCUUUCCAUGGUGGAACUCUUCAAGGUUGUAAUAUGUGUUUGUCCUCAGUCAGCUAUGAUGCAUGAUAGCAAGAGUGUUUGUGCAUUGAUCUAGUGAUGAAUGAUUUCACUGAACAAGCAGAUGAUUUUGAAUUGUUUUUGCCACUGUUUUGUGUGUCUAACCAUCUCUUUUGUCAAAAGAGAUCUAGAAUCAGCAGCAGACCACUUCUGAGUGUCUGUGUAUUAAUAUUUCCUACAAUUUAAAUGAUGUAUAAUUAGUAGAGGGUGAAAAAAGUAUACUCAAGGAGCUUUCAGCAUCUGUAUUAAAUCUCACUGUGCUGCUCUCUCUGUAUUUACUUCCCACUGC